GAGGACGUCUGCGACGGCUUAGUGACACAGCUCGGCCCAGUGGUGAUUAAGAUGAUCACCAGCUCCUCCGACUCUUUACUCGGUUAUGGCGGGCAGCUCAUUUGCAACUCGUUUCUCAACACCUGUCCGGACUUUGAGCCGCACACAAUGGACUUUGCGCCAUCUCCCGUCUCAGAUGCUGUCAUCAACUACUCUUCCAAUGCAACCUCCAAAAGCCUACUUACUAUUUUACACAUUUCCGAUAUCCAUUACGACCCAGACUAUCUGGUUGGCUCGGAGGCAGACUGCAACUAUCCGCUGUGCUGCGAGGCACGCACACAGGAGUCCAGUACCGUCAAGACCCCGGCUACCCGGUUUGGAGCGUACCAAUGCGAUGUUCCGCUGGACCUAGUGGAGAGUUUUGGCCAGAGUCUGGAGGCCACUAUUGGCGGAGCACCAGACUUUACGCUCUUCACUGGAGACGUACCCCCACAUAAUGUCUGGUACGACAACGCGACGACCGUGACGGAAGCGUUCGAAAUCUACAGCACGCUGGCAAAGUACAUAAAGUCCCCGCUGUAUGGUACAAUGGGCAACCACGACACCGCCCCGGUGAAUCUCCUGACGCCUGCAAAAAUCGGGAAUAUCAGCAACCAGUGGGCGUUAGACACCCUGGGCAGCUACUUUCAGCAAUGGUUGCCUGCGUCCACCGUACGGCAGUUUGAAGACUCGUACGGUGUAUAUGCUGUGCGUGCGGCUCCCGGCCUGAAGCUUAUCAACCUCAACACCGUGGACUGCUACAACUUCAACUUCUACAUCCUCUAUAACAGCGGCGCGGAUCUUGAUCCAAACGGCCAGCUGCAGUGGCUAGUGAACGAGCUAAGUGACAGCAGGCUACAUAACGAAUCUGUGUGGAUACAGGCACACAUAGCACCAGGAGACGCCGACUGCAUCGUGCCUUGGUCAAACCUUUACAACUGCAUCGUGGUGGAUUAUUCUGACAUCAUCAAGGCCCAAUUCUUUGGUCACAGCCACGAGGACAAGUUCAUUCUCAAUUACGACUCACAGGGUAAAGCCAUCGGCGUGCAGUACCUGGCUCCGUCCAUUACCACCUUCACAGAUCUCAACACUGGCUACAGAGUAUACAAGGUGGAUCCAAAGACCUACGAGAUAGUCGACUCGCUGACGUAUUACGCAGAUAUUGCUGCCACACAGGAUAGCAAGCCACCAAAGUGGCAGCUUGAGUACUCGGCGAGAGAAUACUAUCCGUCGUGGCCUGCCACCAGCCCACUUAAUGCGACGUUCUGGGAGCGAGUGUUGCAGGUGUUUGAGUCCAACAAUACUGCCUUUGAGCUCUAUAGCAGGUAC